AGCUUCGUUGCCCAGCUUUUGCGUCAUGGGCAUCUGGUAGCUGAGGCCUUGGCUAAGACGGUGCACGCCAGAUGUCAGGGAGCUCUGCGUACAGGCUGACUUGUUCUCGACAGACUGUGGAGGCGUCUAGAUUCACUCAUCUUCUCUCACAGGAGUCCUUGACCUACAAAGAAGUCGACUUCUCCGAAUGCAACCUGACGAAUGACACACUGAAAGUGGUGCUAGACAUUUGCGGCCGCUGUGCGAAGCUGCGGAUACUAAAGUUAUACAGAAAUAACUUAGAUGACAAGUCUGCAGAAAGGCUGGCAGAAAUGCUACGCAAAUGCCCGGAGCUAGAGGAGCUUCAUCUCUCACACAAUUUCUUCACCGCUGAUGGCGUCAAGCGCCUGGUGGCGGCGGGUGAGAGCUUCUCUUGGGAAGACAAGACGCAACCUCUUUGGCUGCGCCUAGAACAAAAUAGCGUGGUGGAUCCCGAGACGAUCUGCAAAGAUUUGGAGGAGGAAUUCAGCGUGUGCAGGCGCUCCGAUGACAAGAAUUGUACGGUCCGGAUGUGCGUGAACAAGAUGAAGGUUCACCUUCCUUUCUUUCACCUUCAGCGUCAAAGCUUCAAAUCACGAGAGCAGCAAGCAGCAGAAGCGAAAGCCAAGCAAGCACCACCUGUGCCCACCCGCUCGAUGUCCCGACCCGAAGCAGGGGCACCAAAGCAGGCGGCUGCGAAACCUUGUGCCUGGGGCAAAGGACGAGUGGCAGACGGCAGCCCAAAGUCUGGGUAUCCUGCGCUGGGCGCGAAGGACCCGCAGGCUUCCCCCAAAGCCACCGCCCAAGUUGAGCCAACCAAAGCUGAGCUGCUCCUCCAGCCUCUUUGGAAGGCCGGGGGUCGGCCUUCAGUUGUUCUGGACAGCUUUGGGCAACGUCGGACUAUGCCAGAGCAGCUGGAAGGGGUCGAUCCGAAGGACUUCGUCUGCGCGUUGUGUCGCUUUGUGAUGAUCAAGCCAGUGAUCACCCGAUGCUCGCAUAUCUUUUGCUCAUGCUGCUUUAGACAAUGGGUUCAAAGACAGGUAGACUUGCAGAAGAAUCAGAAUCAGAAUUCUGGCCCUCCUGUCACUGUGCCCCAAAUUAGAUGUCCCCAUGGAGGCUGUGAUCAGCUCCUCAAGAAGACCGACGUCGAGUCUGCCGAUGAUGGCAAGACCAGCGGCGUUCAGCUCUUCCAACGGCUUCGGAACAAUUUGAGCAUUCGAUGUGUGCACCAUCCGGACCAUCAGAAGUUCGAAUUCGGCAAAGAUGCAAGCCGCGUCCUGUCGGAGCAAGGAAUCUCUUGUCGUUGGAGUGGCCCGCCGACUGCAUACGAGGAGCACAUGUCUCAUCAAUGUGCAGUUGAGAACUUCCUCAAGUUGGAGAGUUCGGAGCAAGGUGCAGAUGCCAUCAUAUCCAACGAUAACAGUACAUCUCAAUAUGAGGCCGAGCCUGAGCCAGAGGAUUCUGUCAGUGCAGAGCCAAAGGUGGCGCAGGCUGACGGCACCGUGACUGUGAAUAAAGAUGAGUGCGAGGUGAGGGUUGCCUUGUAUCCCUAUACCCCUACUGAUGGGGAUGAGGCACAAAUAAAAAUCGAGAAAAACGAUCUCAUCAAGGUCUUCCAGGUCACUGAAACCGGCUGGGCUGCUGGUGUCCGCAUUUGUCCAAAGACAAGGCAAGAGCAAGGAAGCGCAGGAUGGUUUCCAGUUGGCUAUUUGCAACCGGCGCAGGGCGCGCAUGAGUAAGACCCUGCAGCCUGUGAGGUUCAGAUCCAGGUCGGUCUAAAUAUGGGCCUCGCUUCGCUUGCUGGAGCGGUGGCGAAAUGGCGUGCCUCACUGAUGCGAAAGCUGCAGGGCCAAAGAUAGCAAGAGAAUCUUUGGACAGAUUCCGCGGGCGGACUCCAAAAUCAGUUGAAAGAACCAUGUGUGGCACAUGCUUCUUUUUGAAUGCCCCCCUUCCUCACGCCAAACAGAUCGAGUGUUCCCUGUUCUUCCUUGCUGUGAGGAUUGCACGUCGUUCGCCUAGCCGUUGCUGCAAAACGAGGGAGCAUGCUCGCCGAGUUGCACCAAUUCAGCCAUUGUAUCACGGGGACACCGGGGACACAGUUCGCUGCCGGGGAUGUUGGACUGUGGCUCGACUGUUUCCUUGUUGCUCUGGAACGGCAGGAUUCGAUGAUUCACCCGCACCCUUUCGGAGUCUAAAGAACCUCAAGCAAGUGGACUGCUUUAAGGCUCCACUUUCUAGGGUGGAGGCCAUCGCUUCUAG